CCACUACACAUUUACUGUAAAACAAAUUCUCAUAACAAUACAGUACCAGACCAAGAGAAAGUAAGAGAGCAACAAAAAGACAACAAGAAUGAUUCUUCCACGUCACCAGGUCCUCUUGAUUAUCUCGUCGCUCCUACCUCCUGUCAUACUUCUCUGUUUUCAUUUUCCCUACUUGCUCACCCUUUCGGCUUCGACUGGAGGCUUCAUGGUGUCUUGGAGUCGUUUGGGGAGUCUCCGUACAGCUGCGACAAAUAAAAUUGUGCAGAAAUACGAAUCUGAGAUAGGGCCCGUUGUUCUAAAUGUUCUCGAUUUCGGAGCCAUAGGGAAUGGUAUCGACGACGACACAGAUGCGGUACGACGAGCGUUGCAAAUCGCGUCGAACCUCGCUGGAGGGAUAGUCGCUACCAUUCUUUUGCCGGAGAACCAUACAUUCUCUACCGGUCCGCUCAACCUAACGAGUCACGUAACUCUCCAAGUGGAUGGUACCUUGCGAGCACUUAAUUGGACCGAAACAACCUGGCCACAAAUCCCUCCUCUUGUUAACUAUGGAAGAGCUGAAGACGGCGGUUUUCAUUUACAGUAUCAGGCCUUUUUGUAUGCUGUAAAUGCUCACGACAUACGAAUAAUAGGAAAGGGAAUGAUUGACGGACAAGGACAACCAUGGUGGGAUGCUGCCCAAAACCACUCUUCAUUAUUGAAAGCGGGACGUCCCAACCUCAUCCAGUUGGUUCGAUGUCGCAAUGUGGAGGUAACCGGGGUCAUGCUGAAAGACUCCCCCUUUUGGUGCCUUCAUCCUGUUCUCUGUAAAAACGUUCACAUUCACCAUAUUAAGAUUCGAUCGCACAUGUACGCAUUCAAUAGUGAUGGAAUAGACCCUGAUAGUUCCAAAAAUGUGCUUAUCGAGGAUAACGAUAUUUCUUGUGGUGAUGAUCAUAUUGCAAUCAAGGCGGGACUGUGUGGCAAGACUGCGGCAUUGGACUGCGGCAAAACAAAAGAAUUCAAUGAUGGUACCUACGAAACAGUCAAUGUUACUAUUCGGCGAAACAUGUUUCGCAUCGGUAUGGGGAUUUCCCUGGGCAGCGAAUGUAGCGGAGGAAUUCGAAAUGUUCGGGUUGAGGACAAUGUGAUCGGUUUUUGUCACCCUGGCCAUUGCGAAGUAGGUUGCUGCGGAUGGAGUCCUGCCUUGCAUCUGAAAACCACGGGCACUCGUGGCGGUCACAUGAAAAAUAUUUUGUUUGCAAACAAUACUAUACACAACACAACGUCUGUGAUUCUUGUGGAAACCGAUUAUCAGGACGAUGGUAAGGAUAGGAACGAUAGGCCAACAUUGAUUCAGAACCUUUCAUUUCAAGGAAACAGUGGUGUUGGAACUGCAAAGGGCAUACGCUUUGCUUGCAGCAAGUACAUGCCUUGCAGGAAUGUUACGUUUUUGAACAACAAGUUUGAUCCUGAAACAUCAGUAGAGUGCGAAAAUGUCGAAGUUAUCGAUCAGAAUCAAAACAAUAUUUGUUCUAUAAAAACCCUUAGAUGACUUUCUAACCGUAAACAACAAUAAAUUGCCUUUCUUUCAAUUGGGUUUUCAUAAAAUGAGUUGUAAUAGAAAGGGGACAAUUUUGUUUUUUUGGACUCCUACCAUAGUUCAGAUCAGGUCUGUGUACGUCCCAAAAGAAUAACGUCCAAUUGUAGAUUUGGUAUGUGUAUUUUCUUCCAAUAAUGACCUCUAAUGGUU